AAUAAUCACAUAAAAUACUGGUAUAUCUUAGAAUAUUUUCCAAGCAUAAUAUCUACAAAUUUAAAUCUACAACAGCAGCCUCCUCAACACACAAAAACUAAAGAGACCAAAAAACUAAAUUAACUACGAAAAUUUUGCCAAAAUGUUUUCCUCUUCCAUACAAAAUCAACAUCCACAAUUCCACCCGAUACAUGCCAAUGCAACGUCGGUGAAACCUAAAAAGCGUCGUAAACGCCGCAGGAAGCCUCUCCAAACAAGUGUGUUGACCAUAGCGUCGGCACCUUGCACCACCAUCAGCCCCAGUGACAAUAAACGCAACAUAUCCACAACCAACAGUGCCAUUAACAAAUCUCAAAAAUUAAUGCAGAAAGAGCAAAAUACCACCACCACCAGCACAAGUUUAGCGAAAAGUUUCAAACAAUAUUUUCAACAUGACAAUCGUUUGGUGAACACCCAACAAACUAUUCAACAUCAACAACAACAUCAUCAUCAUCACUCACUUACAUCCACCAUAUUCACCAAAUACACUAGCGAGAGUGAAAUGCUCUAUGCGGAGGUGGCCAAGAAAUUCAAACCCCUAAAACCCAAAAGGUCUACCAAACAAGUUGUGUCAAAACAAAAAUCAAAAGCUUUACUCAAACAGCAAUACUCUCUGAGAAAACAUAAACUCUCCGCUCUGGGUGUUCAACGAGGGUUGACUUUGGCGGAGCACAACAAGAGUCGUAACCACCACCCCAAAGAAAAUAAACAAAAACCGGCAGCUCUCGGCAUGCAGUCACAACAUUGUUUGUGCUCUUGCCCAAAUCAUAACAUAGGUCAUAAUGUAACCGAAACAGCUGGUUUGGUGGCCCACAUUAAUACCACGUCAUUGUGCUCCAAUAAAAUCUCCAACCCCACACAAUAUAUCGCCGCCACCACCACCCCCAUCAAUGCUGCCUCGAGUAGAACCACUACUUCGAACAAUAACUAUUUGAGUUGUUUCAAUUUCAAUGACACAGCAGCGACAUUGCCAAAACUUUUGGGAAUUUUACAGAGUUCGGCACCCACUUUGCUUUUGGAAACUUUGUUAAAUAAUGCCCAAAUUUUAGAAGGAAAACAUUUGGAUCAAAGUGUCCGUGAUACACAUCAAAUCGCCGAAGCGCAACAAGAGAAAAACGCUAAAUUACGCGAAGCAUUUAAUAUAUCGGAAUAUUUUGUUGAAGGUUCCAGCUUUGAUUCAGAUCGUAAAGCUAAAGAAGAUUUAGCGAAAAGUUUGGCUUUACAAAAAGAACUGGACGCUCAACGUGAACAGGCCGCAGCAGCAGCGUCUGCUGCAGCAGCUAAAGAAAAAGAAUCUUCGAAACGUUAUGCAUUGGUUCGGACACCGUCUAGAGAACGUGAUGUUUCGGCAUCAGGCGGUGGAGGUGGUGGCGUAGUAGGCGGCAAUGGAGAUAAUGAUGAGCAUUCGAUCAAAAAGAAAAAGAAAAAACGAACGCGUGAGAGCUCCGCCAGUCCCGAACGCAAAAAAGACAAAAAGAAAAAAUCAAAGAAACACAAAAAAGAAAGUAAGUCCAAGAAAAAGAAGUCACGUAAACGGAAAUCCAGCGAAUCAGACAGUGCUGAUGCUGACAAUGCCAAAGAUACGGCCGAUGAAAAUGAUUCCUCCGAUUCGGAAGGCGAAGUAAAGAAAAGCCGCAAGAAAUCCAAAAAAGAUAAGAAAAAGCGCGAGAAGAAAUUGAAAAGGAAGGAAAGAUCCUCGUCUUCAGACAAGUCUAGGUCCAAUACGCCGGUUGCUAAAUCUUCUCAUUCUAAAAAGGACCAUGAGAACAAAAAACCCAAUCCUUUUCGCCGCAGUCGUUCUGGAGAGAGGUCUUCGAAGACAAGAGAAAAUGUCAAACGUCACUAUGAUUCGUCACAGGAAAACCGGCAGAGGCGUAGUCGCAGUCGUCAAGAAAGGGAUUCAAGAACCGAUCGCAGACGUCCCAAUGAAUCCAAGGAUUCACGUCAGAGACGUAUUUCUACGGACUAUCGUAGUUAUGAUCGUGGCGAGGAUCAUCGCGAUGUCAAUCGGGAUGCACGACGCUCACGUUCGCCUCACAGGUCACGACGUGACCCAUCCAAAGAUCGCAAACGCAAAUACUCUGAGGAACGAUCAGGCCAUCGUGGUAGUCACAGUUUGGAAAAAAGGCAAAAAUAUUCAAGGUCUCACUCGAAGCAACGCGAUAGCCAAACGAAGAAGCCAAACCUUUCCCCCAGAAGGACAAGCGCUUCUAAAUCUCGCUCCCGAACACCCGCGAGAAAACGUAGUGCAGAACGCACUAAACCAUCACGAAGAGAGAAAUCUGUAUCGAAAUCUCCCAUCUUAAAGAAUAAGCGUAAGACUUCGGCAUCAACCGAAAGGCGCAGGUCUAAAUCACCCACAUCUAAGGAAAGACGUAGAUCAAAAUCACCCCAUGUCAUGACAAGAGGUAGGUCUAAGUCACCCUCAUUGUCUACAAGGCGUAGAUCUAAAUCUCCCGCUCUUGUGCAAAGACGAAGAUCUAAGUCUCCGAUGACAAAAACAAGCCGCAAUUCCAGGUCGCCUGUUGCAAAAGACAGGCGUAAAUCGAAAUCGCCUGUAGUUAAGGAAAGACAGCGUAAAUCCAAAUCGCCUUUUGUCAAAGAAAAGCAUAGGUCCAACACACCUGUCAUAAAAGACAGGCCUAAAUCAAAAUCUCCUGUAUUAAAAGAAAGGCAGAGAUCAAAAUCUCCGAAAGUGAAAGAUGGCCGUAGAUCACCAGUUUCAAGAGAAAAACGUAGAUCCAUGUCUCCAGAUCUAUCAAAACGUGACAGAUCCAACGAAAGCAGAAAUAAACGUGAGCGAUCCACUGAUAGCAGGAAAAAACGUGAAAAUUCCGUUGAAACAAAAAUAAAACGAGAUAGAUCCGUGGAAAGCAGAAAAUCUAAUGCCAGACUUUCCAAGACUUCAGACAAGUCUAAAAGCAUAAACAAAAUCGUAGAAAGGAAAUCGCGUUCACAAUCAUCGUCAUCAACAUCGUCCGAUUCAGGAUCAUCUACAGACAGCGAAAGCUCUAGGUCACCAUCAGCUUCACCCAAAACUCAAAUCUUGCCAACUGUAAAGAAUGAACAGAUCCAAGAUAAAAGACCAUUAGAUAAAUCACGGUCUCCAAGUCCUAAAGCAACUCCAAGUAAUUCUGAAAGGCUUAAAUACUUAAAGUCUCCAGUAAGGGUGAUUGAUAAACAACGCCCGAAUUCAUCGGAGCGUGAAAGCUCUGUAGAUGGACGUAAAAAACGUGACCCCAACAACACUCCCCCUAGAACAGAGAAGAAGAACUCUUCACCUCGUUCCUCAAGGGAUUCGUCAGAGUUGAGCUAUUCUCCUGCUCGUCGUAAUCCAGAACGUUAUCGCGACAUACUCGAAGGUGCAAACAAACAGAGAAUUGAUAAACAACGCAAAGAUCAAGAAGAAAUGCGCAAGGAGCAGAAGAAAUCGAUAAAACGACAGCAGGACGAAUCUGAUAAGGAGAAAAAGAGAGAAGGUGGCGGUGAUUACAAACGAGACAAAAACCCCCUGAAGCCUAGAGUGCAUUUGCAAUCACAGAGUGAAGAUGAGAACAGUGAUGCGGCCACAGAACGUAAUACGGAAAAAAUUCUUGAAGAAUUCCAAGAAUCAAAACGCGAACGAGAAUUGAAAGAUUUGAAAAUGUUGGAACAACUGAAAACGGGAAUUGCAGCAAAAGCCAAGGAGAAAAUCAAAACCAUAGAGAAAAUGGCCAAUUUAACGUCGGUGGCUUCAACUUCCGCCGCCGGUGCUGGAGAAGUAAGUGAUCAAUCAUAUGCCUCUAAACGUGGUAUUCGCAACUCUUUGAAUGACUUUCUGGCGGCCAAUAACAAAGCCCCCGCUGUAGUAGCAACUUCAGCACAAAAUGUACAGAGCUCACCACCGGGAGCUAUAUACCCACAGACAUUAGAAGAGAUAACCAGAGAACAAAAAGCUCAAACUCCUCAGUCCGCCAAAGGCAGUGAAGUUGAGAUUGAGCGUACGACGGACACUGAAACGCCGGCUGAUUGCAAAAAGUCUCCAAUGGCUGCAAAUGGUCGUGCGAACACAAGUCCAAAAGUAAGUCCCAGACCGCCGCCCUACAACAGUGGUGGUGGUGACAGAGAACGCAAACGAGAUCAGUACCACUAUCAUCGUGAGCGUGACGCCAAAGAUACUAGAGACAUAAAACCCAGAGAGACCCUUACCAACAAAGAACGUUUCAACGAACGACGACAGAGAGCGUCCCCUUCAGCUUACGCAGCAGGAGGUGGAGGUGCUAGACGUCCCAACAAUAUAAAUUUACAUCCUCCACACCACAAUCACAGACAGCAACGAAUGAAUGGCAAUAUGGGUGGUAUGGGAGCUGGUGGUCAUCAUCAUCAUCAUCACCAUUUGAAUCAUCAUAACAAUCCGAACUCCCCCUAUGCUAAUGCAACCGCUAUUAACAACUCUCUAAAUACUAACAAUAAUAACUCUAUUAACCUUUCCUUCAAUCGUCCCAGUCGUAUUAACAAUACCCCUCUUAUAACAGCUACGCAAUUUAACAACCAAAUGCUUAGUAAACAAUCGAAUAGUAUUCUAGUCAAUCGUCGUGAUCACCGUACCGCUCUGACCUUGGGUCUCAGUGGCACGCCCUGUACUAAUUACUCCAAUACGAAUUUGUUAUUAACCAAAGCUAAUCUCAAUAAUAAUAAUGCUACUGCUCAUCACCUACAUGGUCACCUGCAACACCAACACCACCAGCAUCAUCACCACCACCACCAUCAUCACCAUAGUAAUUCUAAUUCUAAUAAUGCUCAGAUAACCGACCGCAUUCUAAUGGCCGCUUCGAUUGCGGCUGCGCAGCGCCAUAACUUAGGGUUGACCAAUACAACGGCCACAUCAGUUGCGAACAAUUUAAAUAUGCUACAUCAGCAAGCAAAUGCGAAACCUAAGAUUGUAAUAAAGCCUUUUAAAAUUAAUGAUUCACAGCCAUUGGUCGCAGCAUUGGCAGAUUCUUCGCUUGUAGAUGCAAUUGUGUCGAAAGUGUCAACAGCUACAGUGGCAGCGGCCGAAAGUGCUCGACGUAGUCGCAGUCGUUCACGUCGUAGUCGCAGUCGUACUCGAAAGGAUGAUGGAAAUGAUGGAGGCGAACGAUCGGAACGUGGUACAGCUGGAGGCGGUGGCGGCGGUAGUGGACGUGGUCGUACUAAAUCACACUCAAGAUCAUCAUCGUCUUCGAGUCGCAGUCGUAGUCGUAGCCACAGUCGGCGUAGUUCACGCUCACGUUCUCAUUCCUCACAUUCUAGUUCAUCAUCCCGCAGUUCUUCAAGAAGUUCAUCAAGCAGUAGCAGCAGUUCUGGUUCCUCACGUUCGGGCACCCGCUCACCAUCAAUACCGCGACGACGAGGUUCACCCAGCUUCCUAGAUCGGCGUCGCAUAACUAGUGCCCGCAAACGACCGAUACCAUAUCAUCGCAAGACCCCCUCAGACGGUUCCAGUUGCUAUUGUUCCAGUUGUUGUAGUCGUGAAAGUUCACCACGGUCGCGUUCCCGCUCUCCUUCGCGCAACAGCCGAAGUCCUUCGCGAGUUUUCUGAAACCUCCAGAGGCAAUUGUCAUCAUCUAUAGACGUUGCAUUUUCCACAAAGUCAUCAUUUGGUUUGCCAGACCUUGGUUUUUUCUAGUCAUUUUGUUUUUCUAAAGAAAAAAUAAAUCAGAAAUGAAGUUGUUGAUAUUAUUAUUAAAUUACCAAAAAAAAAAUCGAUAUAUAUUUAUAAAUAUUUUUCUUGAACACUACUCUGCAUUUACAUUGUAAUUACUUUAAGUACACAUAGUUUUGUUUAAAUUCCGAAAUGAUAUUUUGAUAAAAAAAAAGGAAACUUAUGCAAAAAAGUGCAAUUUUUGUUUAUUUUAAUUUAUGUGAGAAACUAAUUUUAAGUAAAAAAAGACAUUUUAAAAAAAUAAAAUUAUUAGAAAACAAA